GAAAAAAUAGAGUAAAAACGGGGAAAGAAGUCGAAAUAUUUCUCAUUUCUCGGCGUCAAAAAUCCUUUAUUCUCCGACACAACCAUCCUAACGCCAUGUCCAUAUAAUAACAAGAGAAAAUGCUGCAAUUGGGACGUAGAAAAUGCCUACAAAAGGAGUCGUAGAGGAAAGUAAGCCUGUUAAUAUUCGAGAGAUUCAGGAAUCUGAGUUGAGUGAAGCUCCAGUUAUGAUGGCUACAGUUAUUUCAUCUGGAAGAGCUUCUUCCCUAUCGUUAGAAGAAGUAAUCAAACAAUUUAAUACUAGUGAGACUCGGGGAUUAACAAACGAUGAGAUUGAACGACGGAGAAUGCUACAUGGAUGGAAUGAAUUCGACGUAUCUGAAGAGACGUCUCUGUGGAAAAAAUAUCUUGAUCAGGCUAUUCUUAUUGUAGUUACAGUAGCAUUCAUACAGGAAUAUAGAUCUGACAAGUCAGUAGAAGCCAUCACCAAGCUUGUACCACCUCAGUGCCACUGUAUCCGUGGUUGUACCAUGUUUGAUUUCCUGGCCAGAAGUCUUGUGCCUGGUGAUCUGGUCUGUAUUUCUGUUGGUGACAGAGUACCAGCCGAUAUGAGACUUAUUGAGGGAAUYGUGAUUGGAAUUGGAGAGAAUUCAGAGUUUGGAGAAAUUUUUAAAUUGAUGAAGGCUGAAGAGCCACCCAAGACUCCAUUACAGAAGGACAUGGAUAUCCUUGGCAAACAAUUAUCAUUCUAUUCACUUUGUAUCAUAGCUCUCAUAAUAUUACUKGGUUGGAUUCAGAAGCGUAAAAUCUUAGAAAUGUUUACAAUUGGAGUCAGUCUUGCAGUAGCAGCUAUCCCAGAAGGGUUACCCAUCGUGGUGACAGUAACCUUAGCUCUUGGAGUCAUGAGAAUGGCUAARAGAAAAGCCAUUGUAAAGAAGCUACCAAUAGUGGAAACACUGGGAUGUUCUAGUGUUGUGUGCUCUGACAAGACAGGGACAUUGACCAAAAAUGAGAUGACAGUAUCUCAGAUUUUCACWGGAGAUGGUUGUUUUGCAACGACUGGAUUAUUGUGUAAUAAUGCAACUAUAAGGAAUGGUCAAUUGUUUGGUCAGCCUACAGAAGGUGCACUAGUCACCGCAGCAUACAAGCUUGGGUUUCAUGACAUCAGAGAUGACUACAUGCGCACAGAUGAAAGACCAUUUAGCUCAGAGAAGAAGUUUAUGGCUGUGAAAUGUAGGAAGCAACACUCAAGCCCUGUCAUUGCAGAUGUGACGAGGGAGUUGUACUAUGUGAAAGGAGCACCAGAGCACAUCGUACGUCAAUGCACGUCAUAUUACAGGAAGGGAACRAYAACACCUUUAACUACCCAGGAUGUUGAGAGAAUACGAGAUGCUGUGGUAGCCAUGUCGUCAACAGGACUUAGAAUUGUAGCACUUGCGUCUGGUGAGGAUCUGCAGCAGCUGAUAUAUCUCGGCGUAGUAGGUCUGUUUGACCCCCCYAGACCUGGUGUGAGAGAGGCCGUGCAUACACUGCAGGACAGUGGUGUGUUGGUGAAGAUGAUYACUGGWGACUCRAGGGAAACAGCUAUAUCUAUAGCUGAGAUUCUAGGUAUUCAUUCUAGUGGACGACCAACACUCUCUGGGGAAGAGCUAGAGGUCUUAGACCCUUUUCAACUAUCCUCAGUCAUCGAUCAGGUCACAGUCUUCUAUCGUGUCAGCCCAAAACACAAAGUUAAGAUUGUCAAGGCGCUUCAAGAACAUGGUCAUGUAGUGGCCAUGACAGGAGAUGGUGUCAAUGAUGCUGUAGCUCUCAAGCGUGCAGAUAUAGGUGUAGCUAUGGGUAAAACUGGCACAGAUGUGAGUAAGGAAGCAGCUGGUAUCAUCCUGGUCAACGAUGACUUCAAUACUAUCAUGGCGGCCAUUGAAGAAGGGAAGGGAAUCUAUUACAACAUCAAGAAUUUUGUGCGCUUUCAGCUGAGCACGAGUAUAGCUGCCAUUUCCCUCAUUACAAUCUCUACCUUCCUCAAACUUCCUAACCCUCUGAACGCCAUGCAAAUCCUAUGGAUCAACAUUAUCAUGGACGGCCCUCCUGCUCAGAGCCUUGGUGUAGAACCAGUGGAACGUGACGUCAUGCGUAAGCCACCACGUAACGUCAAAGACCCGAUGAUCACCAAGAGUCUUCUUAUGAAGGUGCUCUUAUCGGCAGUGCUCAUAGUCACUGGUACAUUAUGGGUCUUCUGGAGAGAGAUGCGUGAUAACAUCAUUACCAAACGUGAUACAACCAUGACGUUCACGUGUUUCGUGUUCUUCGAUAUGUUCAAUGCUCUCAGCUGCAGAUCACAGGAAAAGUCAAUCUUCACGGUUGGAUUCUUCAAGAACCGUUUCUUCCUAUAUGCCGUCGGCGGCUCUCUGAUUGGCCAGAUGCUAGUGAUAUAUUUCCCUCCACUACAGGCAGUCUUCCAGACGGAAGCGCUACACAUUCUAGACAUAGGCCUAUUAAUACUAGUGUCGUCGUCAGUCUUCUUAGUGGACGAGUGUAGAAAGUUUAUAAGUCGUAGAUUCUCGCGUGAGAGGGGCUUGGCUUAUAAGAAAAUGUACCCCGUAUAGCACUACUGUAUUUAAAUUAUUUUCUAGUAAAUUAGCAAUAAUAAUCUUUUUGGGGAAUACCUACGUCACCUGCUAAGGUAAAGGUGUAAAGGUAAAGGUGACGCAUGAUGGCGUCAUUGACCUCUACUACCAGGCUCCCUUGCACACUUUCUUUUGUUCAGUUAAUUAGCACCAAUUGUCUUACUAUUCUCAUAAGGAAAUACAAAUUUAAAGAAGAAAGAAAAUUUGCGAAGCAUCUUGGUAGUUGGAUUCAAAUGACCGUUCAUUUUUUAUUGGGGAGGAGUGAGAUGGGGUUCACUUAGUAACCCUGACCCCUCCCCCCUCCGACUCCCUGGUAAAAAAUAAACGACCCUUGUGAAUACCAAUCGUUGUUAUACGCCAAUGGAUGACGCCAUAACAGAUAAUAUAAUCGUCUAAAAAUUUAUCAUAAAAAUAACUAGCUUUUUGUAAAAACAAAUUUCAGUGAAAAGCUAAUGGGCCAAUCGUGUAAAAGUUUUGAUAAAAAGUAUUUAAAAGUAAUUGAAUAUUUUAUAAUACAACAAAUGUUGUGCAUAAUAAUUUAUAGUUAUUGCCUUGAGCAAAUCUUUAAUCAAUUCUGAUUGGCCGAAAAUCUAUCGGUAAUUUCGAUUAGCGGAAUACUACGUUAAUUCUGAUUGGUACAAUCGAAUUAGUGACGUAUUAAUAUUCGUUGCUGGAAAACGAUUUGCAUGUUUUUUCCGAACCUGACGGUAAAAUGUCGAGGGAAAAAACAUCGCUUUGCUGUAGCAUGAAUAUUGACAGCAAUAAUAGUUAAACAAAGACUAUACAUUUGUAUUAAAGAGUUUUACUGUCAA